AAACCCUGCAUCAGAGGUGAUAUGAAAACCACACGUUUUAUUGACCAUCGUCAGAUGACAAAUGAGUGAAGAAGAAUCUUACUCGAACAAACGGGAGCGAUGGAUGCUGAAGCUCUUAAAAAAAUACUAGGACCGAAAACCUUAAACCUGCUAAGUUACGUAGCAGUUAUCUUGUGGUUCGGACUCGCAGUAACCCUUUCUGGUGUCUUUGUAGACAUCGAACACAGGGAAUCCAGGUUUGACUUUCACUGCAGUGGGGCUCCAGAACGCAGCGACGACAUCGACAACAGCGAACUUUACCGGGGAAAGUGUUUUGAGCUGUACGAGAGGCGGUAUAACGAAUAUAGUGUCCCUAUCUAUGGCUUCGUGAUUGUACAUUGCUUCCUUGUGGGGUUUGUUUGUGCAGUUUACGCCCAGAUAGCGAGUCCUAUAGUCGAUCAAUUACAGAACAGCAAACAGUCACACGACGAUGAAGGGAGACAGUCACGUAACGACGAAAAAGAAAGAAUGGGACGCAAGCUUUUUCUUGCUUACUGUUAUCAACUUUCCAUAAGGCUUGUCACAGGGGUAUUGUUUAUUAUCUUACAAACUCUGUUGCUCUAUCGUUUCGAAAUUCUCCCCAAAUUUCAUUGCUCAACAACAGGAGAAGAUGAUCAGCGCAGAAUUAUCCCACUCGAGCUCGAGUGUCACAAUCCACGGGCAAAGAAGAAGACCUUCUGGUUGCGUGCUCUUCUCGUAACGAAUGGAACUUACGUGCUUCUUAUUUUGAUUGAAAUGCUCUGCAUUUUUUUGCGAAGAAAAACGUUUCUUACUGACCACCUAAAUAUUCCCGACUCGCCCCAAGGCCGCUCACAGCAAAAGGGACGGAAAUGAAUAUGAUGUCAUUCUUAUUAGGACAUCUCUCCGCAACCAACGCACCCAUAGCCAAUGAUUGAGAGCAUACCAAGAAUAUUAACAGAAAACAAUGUUCAGAGCUUGGAUCGCCGACCUUUCCGAGUUAAUCGAGGCAAAGCCAAAAUUAAUCAUCUGACACUCCACAAAUUUAUACUGAUACAGUAAAUUAGAGAAAACUUAAUUUAUAGAGAGUAGCACACUAAAGUAAUAAAACUGAUGACACAGUGGCCCUCUAUAAAAUAAAAUUAAAAGUACGGAAAUAUCGUAGGUAUAAAGGGCUUUUCUUUGUUAACAUUGCCUCAUCCACAUACGAGGUGAUUUAAUUUCGAGGAGCUUGGGAAACAUCGAAAAAGUUGGUCAUAUCUAAGGCGUAAUUGAUUAAGGAUCUGGUUGAGGUUAGGGCCUUCAGGCAAGCUGGCAUGACCAAGUCUAAAACCUUAACAGAAUCAAAUAAACCCUCUCACCUUCCUUUCUCUAGUGAAAUAAACCUGAGUAAAUGUAA